AACUGACCAGCACAGGUGAUAACUUGCUUGUAAACAUGGAGUAUACCGACGAUGGUGUCUUGCAAUAUUUUGUGGACAACCUUCACGCUCGAAGCCUUCUGUCGAGACUGCAAGAGCUUAGAGACCGCAAAGAGUUAUGUGAUGUUACUCUUGUGGUGGAGGGAAGAGAUAUCGUCGUCCAUCGCGCUGUUUUAGCAGCUACAAGUCGGUACUUCAAUGCUUUGUUUACCAGCCCGAUGAGCGAAAAAAAUAUGAAAACUGUCGAAAUCAAAGAAGUUGAUCCAGACGCCACAGAAAUCCUAAUCAACUUUGCUUACACUUCAAAGCUUACCAUAACCGAUGCCAAUGUGCAGAACUUAUUCAUAGCAUCCGAUAGACUGGAAUUCAAGUCAGCCAAAGAUGCAUGUAUUGAUUUUAUUAUGCGGCAGAUCGAGGUAUCGAAUUGUCUUCGAAUUCUCGCGCUGGCUGAGCGUCAUGGACUGAAAGUACUCAAAGAAGCUGCCAACUACUGCAUUACGAAUCACUUCAUUGAGGUUGUCGAGACGGAAGACUUCAAGAAUCUCAGCCCGUCUCAGGUAGUGGAUCUGCUGUCCAGAGAUGACAUCCAAGUAACCAAUGAGAAGCAGGUAUUCAAUGCAUGUGUCACGUGGGUGCAUUAUAAUAUUGAGUCUAGAAGGCAGCACAUGCCGGAGCUGUUGAAAGCGGUGCGUUUAGCGUUUGUGCCUUUGAAAUAUCUUCAUGAAGAAAUUGCCGAGCAUCCGUUGGUUUCUACAAAUGUUUACAGUCAAGAUAUCGUGGAAGAAGCGGAGACGCACCAUUGUGAACGCGCGGGAAUCCGAAUGAGGAACUCGUACGCCGAAGCGCUUUACGUUCUGGGAGGAGAAACGGCAUUUAUGAAAGAGGAGAAAUCAGUCGAACGGUUCAACACAGAGAAAAGCGAAUGGGAGACAUGUAAAGCCAUGUCAGAGGCCAGGGCAUCGUUUGCUGUUGUGGCCUUCCAGAACAAGUUGUACGUUAUUGGUGGGUAUCGCCGCGGACGGAAGUUGAAAUUAAUGGAAUGCUUCGAUCCUGUGGACAAUUCAUGGACGCAGCUAGCGUCCACCACAAAAUGUCAAGGUGAUAUGCGAGCUGCUGUUCUGGGAGACUACAUCUAUGUGGCAGGGGGUUCCAGUGACAGACUUCUAACGUGCAAUUAUGUUGAACGUUACUCACCCGCCACCGGUAAAUGGGAAACUGUAUCUACGAUGCAUCGCCAGCGUCGUCGGUUCGCUCUAGCAGUCCUCAACUCUUGUAUGUACGCUGUAGGAGGCUUCGAUGACACAACUGGGGACUUGAGUCACGUGGAACAUUAUAAACCAGACACCAAUUCCUGGUAUGAAGAUACUGAAAUGUUGAGUUGUAGAUAUGACUUUGGCGCAGUCGCGCUAAGCGGGUUCCUGUACGCUGUCGGUGGCGCGAAUGGCCGCAAGGGAUCUCUAAAUACUGUUGAACGUUACGAUCCACUCAAUAAACAAUGGUCGCAAGUGGCGUCUCUCAAGCAGUGUCGCGGGGGAGUCUCCGUUGCUGUUCACUGCGGCAAGAUUUAUGUUGUGAAUGGGAUGAAUGAAUACAUGUCGAUUGUGAACACUGUUGAAUGUUACAACGAGGUGAAGAAUAAAUGGACCUCUGUCGCUAAUACAAAAACAGCGCGGUUUAGCGCUGCAGCCGUGGUUUUUCUGCUGAGUGUGCGCGUAUCUUAAAAGCCACGGCGAGCGCACUUUUUAUUGUACGCUUCUCCGGUCAGAUAGGACUCUAUUCUUUAACAAGUCACUGGAAUAGUUUUUGCAACAUGUAUUCGAGUACUGCAGUAAUUGAAUCUAAGUUAUUAUCAACGAUCCUAAGCUCAAGCCCGCGUUUUGUGGAAACUUCAGCACAUACUCGAAGGAAAUUCAAACGCAAUGAAAUUUUGCUCUGUUGGAGUGGAUUCUUAUCUUCGAUCUUUGAAGAGACGCCAAUCCGAAACUCUUACUAUUUAUUAAUUUAUAAAAUAUCUAAGAUACAACGCGCCCGCUGAUUGGCUUGCUGGCAAGAUACAAGCUCGCGCAAAAUCAUCGAAAACUGAAUCUUUUAUCAAAUCAAUAUAUUACGUCAAUUUGUGCCUUUGUGCUGAAGUAUAUAAACACUCUGGAGCUCCCAAAGAGGAAGGAAGAGAAAUAUCGAUUACGCCUUGUGUUUCUAACCUUGCUCUACAGCUCCUUGCGUGUUUGGUAUAAAGCACACAGACGCGCGCGCUAAAAUAAAAUGAAACAGUGUUUUACGGAAAGUUCUUGUGUAGUUGUGAGGUCAUGGAAGAACAUGGAAGUCAUUACAAGCACAGCUAGUGUGGACCAGUUAAGUCUUAAGGGUAACAUUUCGGAGGCAACGUUGUUGUGUAUAAUAUGACGCAACGGUUCUAAGCCAAUGAAACGCGACCUCUCUGAUAUAUACCGCUGGCUACAUAAUGUUGAUGUUUGGUUGGUUUUACACUUAUUUGUACAUAACGUGAUUCAUAACAUACUCCUCUGAGUCCGCGUUCCUAUUGGCCAGCAGAAACGAAGCGCCCAAGGCCAAUUCCAACUGCCAAGGUCUGUUUUCCUAUUGGCUAAUAGAAAGAUAUUCAAAGGAGCCAAUAAAACCAAAGGAUCUGGAUUUGUCGAAGGCUCUUUCUUGACGGACACCAAGAUAAAUGAACGCGGGCUCUGGAAAUAAGAAUUCAUAAAUGAUAGAAUAUAAUCGAGACACUUAAUUUAUGGGCACAAACAAAAUGGGGAGGUACAUGCCAUUAUACUAAUAAACUAUUGGUAUUAAUU